GAGAGAGAGAGAGAGAGAGAGAGAGAGAGAGAGAGAGAGAGAGAUGUGUUGACGGUAAGACGGUAUUAAUUUUAUAGGACACCAAUUUGUCAAGAAAGCGGUUUUUUGUUUUUGUUAUCGGCAAUAACGAAAUUUAUUUUUCAUCUUUUUAACUUUUGCAAGACUUCAGAGGAGAAAAUAAGAAGAGGGGAGACAACUCCUUCGACUAGGUGACAAGAUUACUAGAAUUAUAUCCCUUGCAAAAAUGCAAGAUGGCUGCCUAACAGCAGUGUAAACAAUCAUGGACGUUAUGUUCUAGUACAAAGGAACGACUGCAUACUUCAUCGACAUUAUGAAUGCAAAAUACAAGAUGUCUGGUACAGUACCACAAAGUCUUGGACGGCCUGUUGGAGUUCUUCCUCUUGGUCCAAGACCAGCAAUACCACCGGGGCAAAAGAAAAGCAAAAGCUAUGAAAGAAGACAAGUCAAGAGAACUCCUUCAACUGGGUCGAUAACAUCUUUGAACAGUGUUCGGUCGGUGCAAUCUGAUGUGAGCACAAGUUACAGCAAAAGAAGUUCAAAAGGAAAACCAGACAGCAGAGAAUGCGAAAUGCCACAGAGUUUAAGUGAUGAUGAAGGUCAAGAUGUCAGGUUCAUCGACUGUGACAGUGCUCGACCAGUUUCAAACCAGAGCAGAAAGAGCAGUGCCAGAAAAGAGAGAAAAACUUUCACAACUCAAGAAAUUAUGGAUUUUUGUCAAGAGACUGAUCCUUACAAAGUCUAUGAAGUGGAUCUUCAUGGUACAGACUUGACUCACAUUCCAGAUCUAGAAAAGUUCAGAAAACUCAGACUACUGGAUGCUUCAGGCAACCAUAUCAAAAAGAUUAUGGGUUUAGAGCUGAACAAGGAGCUGAGAGAUAUUAAACUAUAUGACAACGAAAUUUCCAUCAUCGACGGUUUGGAGAACUUGAAAGAUUUAUGCAAUCUUCAACUCCAGCACAACAAGAUCAGUGUCAUUGGAAGAGGAUUGGGCAAUCUGAAGAAGCUGCAAAGUCUUCGCCUUGACAGCAACAAGAUUUCAAAAAUUGAAACCCCAGAACUUCUGAGCUGUUCUGCCAUAACUGUCUUGGACCUGAGCAAUAACAAGCUGGAAACUCUUGCACCUCUUAGUUAUCUACCUAACUUGGAAGAACUGUAUGCAUCUGGAAACUUGAUCGGCAAGAUUGGAGAUCUGUCUAAAUGCAAGAAAUUGCAAGAGGUCGACUUGUCAAGGAACAGACUGUUUGAUCUUUUAGGUAUCGCAAACUUGCCAAAUUUAAAAAUUCUUGAUGCUUCUCAAAAUCAACUGACCUGCUUGAAAAGUGUUGGGAAAUUGAGGUCCCUGGAGGAGCUCAAUAUCAAUGCUAAUCGGGUGUCAUCUCUCUCAUCCUUUGCCAAUGUCUUUCCCAAGCUUCAAAUUCUAUUUGCCUGUGAUAACAUGAUUUCCAGCUGGGAUGAAAUAUGCUCCCUGUCAGACUUGGCAGAACUGGUGGAGCUCUUUGUCUCUGCGAAUCCAUUUACUAUGGAAGAUGGAGAAAUGCCUACAUAUCAUCUUCAUGUGACAAUGGCUUUACCUAAUUUGGAAGUCAUUGAUGGAGCUCAGAUCAAGAGGCCGACAGGCAGGGCAGGUGCAGCUCCUGUCAUGAGACCAAUGUCUGCCUCCAGUAUUAUCAGUGUGCGACAGGUUGACUCACAGCUGAAGUCUGCAAAUGCUGAACAAGAAACCUUACAGAAAAGUAUUUCGGACAGAUUUGACUCACUCCGCAGUCUGUUCAACAGUCUCCCAUCAGAAGCCCCACAGCCCCCUACAGAUAGCCCCACAUCAAUGUUAUCCAGUCGCUGUAGCAGCCGCCUUCGCAUUAAAGAAGCUCAACAGUUUGCAGCAGCAAAUUUUGACAUCAGCGGAGAUGACGACUUGUGAAGCAAAUAAUAUGACACAGAGGGAAAACAAGGACAGCUGGAAAAAAAAAUAUUGCCAACACAUGUAAACUGAAAUCUUCAGAUUCACCACGCUUUUAAUUGUAAAUAAUUAUGUUCUAAAUUAUUCCAUUCACAACAUUCUCAUGUUUGUCGAGAUGUUUGUUGUUCUGAGUUCUUAAGUAUUUCUUUCAUUUCAGUCUAUUUUGUAAUGUUACAAAUGCUUAUCCACCACAUUGGUGUCCAUACCAAACACACUUGUGUGUCCAUUGAUACUAUAUUACACACCUUUCUGAAUAAAAAUAUGACAAAAUUAUAUUAUUAUUAUUUCAGGGAAGCAAAUCCUAAGCCAUGUUCUUUGUGUCAUUCAUUCCCCAAUGAUAGGCCCACUUACAAUCAUUGUACAUUUCCUCCUUGCCAAGUAAUUGAAUGUUUUUAAAAGUGUGUUCCUAUUAGUCUUGUGAUCUAUUCUUCUGCUUGGAAGGUUUGUUUAUCAAUGCUAUAUCAUGUUAGUGUGAUAGUGUGUGGACCAGAGGUCCGGCUAGCAAAUUUUGAUAGAGAGUAGUUUUUCACUGAAAGGUCAAGUGCACAAACGUUCUACGAGUAGGUCAGUUCAACCAUUUCCAUGCCCCUGUAGAGAAGCUGAUCAAACAGCUGAGAAUGUCAUUCAGAACUGCUGAAAACAUCAACUGAGGGAAGAGGUUUGGCAUACUCCUGUGUUUCUCCAAGAGAAAUUGUGUGAAGUGGAAGAUGUGUUAGGGAAGACUGCCAAAUUUGUAGUUGGAGCUAGUCACAAAAUCACAUGAACAGAUGAGACAGGAAUGGGUGAUACUAUACUGUAGAGCAAA